GCACGGAGGAGGUCGCAAGUCAUGUGACGACGGCUUUCAAGGGAGACUGUCUUUGAAGCUGUCCCUGAACUUACAGCUGAGAGAACACCGCAGCCCAGAAAGCCGGGAGUGGACAUUGAUCCUGCGGGACAAAGGGGUUCGUCAUGGCGGAUGACCUAAAACGAUUCCUGUAUAAAAAAUUACCAAGCAUAAUUGAAUAACCUUCGAGGUGUAAUGUAGCAGAAUAUGUGUGUUGAAGGGCUCCAUGCUAUCGUUGUGUCAGACAGAGACGGAGUCCCCGUUAUUAAAGUGGCCAAUGAUAAUGCCCCAGAGCAUGCUUUGAGACCUGGUUUCUUAUCUACUUUUGCCCUUGCAACAGACCAAGGGAGCAAACUUGGACUUUCAAAAAAUAAAAGUAUCAUCUGUUACUAUAACACCUACCAGGUGGUUCAAUUCAAUCGUUUACCUUUGGUGGUGAGUUUCAUAGCCAGCAGCAAUGCCAAUACAGGACUCAUUGUCAGCCUAGAAAAGGAACUUGCUCCGUUAUUUGAAGAAUUGAGACAAGUUGUUGAAGUUUCUUAAUCUGGCAGUGGUUUUGAUGUACACUUUAUUUUCAUUAUGACCGACAAAAUAUCAAUCCAGCAAUCUUUAGACCACAACAGUCCUUGUAUCCGUGUACUCAAGAAAGGGUCCCUUUUCCCACCUGACACUAAAGAAAGAGCCCAUAGAAACAAUUUAUGGACAGACUGAUUGUUAUCUUUUCUUGUGUAGGGUCUUUUCUUGAUGUAGUGAGAUCUGGGGUUACCACAGAGAUGGUUCAGUACAUCACAGCUCCCAUGGAGUUAAUCCAGUCACAAAUAUGCAUGAGAUUCUAUUCAGUGGGUCAGAAUCAAAAUGGUACUUUGAUCCACUUGAGCCAUGAAGUGCUCCCUAUUAUAUAGUAUGCCCAGGCCUGCAGAAUGAGGCAGACCCUUUUUAUUGUGAAUAAUAAUGAGGACAUAUUUUUCUUUAUAUUGUUUUAUUUCUUUGCAUUGAGUGUGAGGAAGAUAAAAUGACUUAGUAAAAGUAAUAAAAUCAGUACAAUCACUAACUUUUCUAUGUAUAUAUUAUUUUACAGUAUAGAUGAAUAUUACUAAUUGAUUUGAUUCUUCUCAGAGGGUGCUGUGCUGCUCUUUAAUUAAAUUGAAAAUGAUAGCUAAUUUUUUUUUUUCUCCACUCUGCUUUCUAUAACCAGUCAGUGUUUUAUUGGUUGUGUGUUCUUUAUAAAAUUUAGCAGUGAUUCGUAAUUGAAUUCUGCUGCCAGUAUUGGUAUUUA